UUUUCAGGUCCAAUACACAAAUGAAUGAAACAGAUGAUAAUUGGACGGUGUUUACAAAACUUUAUUCAUGUCAAUACAGAGCAUCAGAUGAUUCUCCACAGUUUACAUUAUGGCUCGAUGGCCCCGUCACAAUAUCCGCUGCAAUUUUCUCUGCCAUUGGCACUGUCUAUGCUAUUGGAUUCCUUCGAAAUGGGCACUUGAAUAGAAGAAUGUCAGCAGCUUUAUAUACUUUGUGUCUCAUGGAUUUUAUGCUUACGAUGACUACCGUUCUUUUCCUAAGCAUUGAACCUCUUAGUAUUCUCCUAUUUCGUACCAAUAUCUUCUACCAACAUCAGGAUAUGAUUCUUAUUCUGUAUGGAAUACGGAAUAGCUUUGCCAUGUCAUCGCCGAUGCUAGUUUGCUACAUCACAUACAUCCGAUACAGAGUUGUCAACAAUCCACUCAAAUUUGCAUCACAUUAUGGAAGAUCGAGAAAAUCAAUAUCUGCAAGCAAAAUGAGCACAGCUGCUCAGCCAUCUUCCACAGAGUCGGCAAAGUUCACAAUUUCAUUUCCAGCCGAAAUGUUCUAUGAAUUUCACACCAGAAGCAAUGCUGGAAAAAGAGGAGCAAAUUUCAGAAGAUUCUUCAGACCAUUUCUAGUUCCAAUCCUUCUGGUAAUCCUCUGCUUCGUCAUUCAUAGCACUUCCUACUUUGAAUUCAACCUUAUUACAUGCUUUGAUGAAGUUCAUCAGACUGAAUCAAAAAUGCUCCAGAUGACACAACUCAGAGGAGAUUCUUAUUGGUAUUUUCAAUUCAAAGUUGCCCUUACCAUGACAACAGAGACAUUGGGACCAAUGCUUUUCAUCUCCACGCUGUCAUUGUUCACUGAAUACAAAAUGCAUCAGAAUGUCAAGGAACGGAGGAGGCUUUUUGAGAGUCAGAAGAGAAGUAGAAACACACUGGUGACGGAGGAAUUGAAGGAUAAAGCAUCGAAGGCGUUAGCUGUGUUCAUUGUUGUCAAAUUUCUGAUUUUGAGAUCCCUGCCAACAUUGAUUGAUCUCUACGAGGUUCUCAUUGAAAACAGUAUAAACUUCGGCCCAUUCAUGACAAAAGUCACGCGAAUCUCAGACUUCCUUGUCAUUCUCAACUCGGCAACCAACACAUUGGCCUAUUUCGGCAAAGUUCGAUUCGAAAAGUGUUUCAGAUGGCUGGAACGAAGGAUUCGGUGUCGAAUUGUGAAGAAGGAGGCGAAGGAGAUUUUGAGCACUUCACUUACUGGAUAGAUUAUAUAGUAUGCCAAUAUCCGACAUCUACGAAGUUCUAAUAUAUUUUGUUUCGGGGUUAUUUGUGAUCUUGCAUUUUGUCUCUAUUUAUUUAUGUCCGCAAUAUGUGCUACGGUUUUUUGUUUCAAUAAAUUUGUUUUUAU